CCCUCGCAACCAGACUGGCGCGCCAUCCGAAUUCAGCUGCGCAACGUGCUCGCGCGCUACAAAAGCCAGGAUAGGUGGCCGUCUACUGCCGGCGCAGGAGGUAGAAGUACAUAUAACAGAGGUGGCGAUGACAUCAACGACGACGACGACGACGACGAGCAGGCCGACGAUAUUAUACCAAGACUGCCGCAACUCGUCUCGGAAUCGGUGUUGUUUCCGCUGUUGGCUCGCAUGUUCAACUCCAGGACCCCAUCUGCAGGACGACGUCGUCGAGAGGGAGGUCCAGAUCCUCGUCACAGCGAUGAAAAUAGCAAAGCCAGUGCUAACUUCUACUCGCCCACCUCCCCUCCCACCCUGGAAAACACGGAGUCGACGUUGCGAAACCAGUGCCCACUGGGGUAUCUGAGUACGUUGCUCCUGUUGCUCUUCUGGCCCGAGGCGAAGAUGAAGGUAGAGCGGCGCGCGGAACAAGCAGGGCUGUUUCAGGUACAGAUCAGACAGAGGGGCGCGGCGAAGACAUCAAGCAGGAGAGCGACGUCGAUUACAGCUGCAAGGUUACCAGCAACAGCACCGCGUAGGGACGCGACGGAAACGUCCGACGAGUCUGGAGCAGGUCAUCAAGGUCUACAACCAUUUCCGCAUGAGGACAGGAGUCGGUCUGAAGGGACUACUUCAGAAGACGAUGAAGCGGUCGGCUUUUAUGUCGAUGAAGCAGGGCGACAGGAUGCUGAAGUAGAUGAUUUGUUGUUCCUGAACACCACAAGCACCUCCAGCAGUACAACGAAGACAAAACUCCAACACCACUCACUACACUCCUUCUUUUUCCAGUCCCAGGUCCAGCAUCUCUCCGAACAAGAAGGAGCUACAUCAGCAGCUUCGGACCACACGUUAUCCGAAGUAGGUUCGGUCUUGCUGCCGCAGCACUGCGAUUUGCUGCCGGACCCGCCGCAGGGGGACGCUACAGAGGAUCAUGGGCAUCAUGAUGUUCAUAGGCGUGACCGCUCACGUGGCCACAGUGACGGUCGCGCUGGUAUGAAGAAGGACCCGAGCGCCAAACUUUUGACUCGGUGGUGGAGCAAGAUUUAUCUACCGGAGUUCGUCCUCGGGGUCUUUCGCCGGGUGCUUUUGGUGAACAAAGUUCCGUUUCUCGCCCUCGCCGCGACCGACUGGCCAGUGCUGGAUCUCUUAUGCUAUAAAUUUCGUAUGAGGUUCUUUCGUCUCGUGUGACGGGAUUUUGUUCAAAUGCUAUUUCGAAGCCUCUCUCAUAUGCACAAUACAAUGAGCUUCGCUAGCACAGCAGAGACACAGCGUGCCAGUCUACCUUUUUGGCGUUGCGGUAUGGCGGCACAACCGUGCUACGCUCUAUAAAGUGCAUUUCCUCUAAUCAUGAACCCGAAAGUGAAAACGAAACGUUGAGCAGCUCUCGUUCGCGUUACGUGGCGUUUAGAGCCUCUUCCAUACCCGCCUGCUCUCAAAAACGACGGAGCAUCACUUUCCCCACGACGUUCUCGGCGAUACACAGCAAGCGCUGCUCUCGGCUAG